AUGCUGCUGUCGCUCGUAGCACUGCUAGCUACUGCCGCCGCAGCGGUCGCCCGACCGGCCGACCAGACCGUCUUUGGCGUCCCAGCUCCUCCUUCCCCGCCUCAUCGCCGCCCAUCCGUCGAGCUCUCCUCCUCUCGCCACGACUCGCAUGGAUCGACGUUCAGCCCACUGCUACCGCCAGCGAUCCCUCUCGCCGUCAAGUCACCGUACCUCAAUGCCUGGCUCUCGGCAGGCGGCGACGACGGCUCCAAGGGCUACCUCGCCGGCUCAUGGGCUCGGCACUGGCCUGUCCACUACGCUGGGUCACAACGCGACCACCGCCUGUCGUGGGCCGGCCUGAUCCGCAUCGACGACGAGGUGUUCGAGUUCCUCGGCGCUCCCCUGUCCGGCGCCUUGUCCUUCCUCGGGUCCGACAAGGUCGCGCAACAGACGGCCUUCACCUACACGGCGACUCGGUCCAUCUUUACGUUCGAGGCGGCCGGCGUCGAGUUCAACGCGACCUUCCUCUCGCCUGUCACGCCCAACGACGUCGUGCGCCAGUCGCUCCCGUUCUCGUACCUCGUCGUCGACGUCAAUCGGCAUGCGCUCGAGAAUCGCACCGUGUCGGUCUACACGGACAUCUCGGGCGAGUGGGCCACGGGCGACUCGAGCAUCGAUAUUACCUGGACGUACAAGAGCGAGGCGGGCAUCGGGACUCAUGCCGUCUCGCGCAAGAAGCAGCUCGUGUUUGGCGAGCACGCCGAGCAGGCCGAGUGGGGCCACGCCGUCUACGCCACAGCGCUCCGCAAGGGCGUCGUCGCCGGCUCUGGGUCCGCCGACAAGCUGCGCGCCCGCUUCAUCCGCCACGGCAAGCUCGACGGCACGCACGACGUCCGCUACCGCCGCGUCGACAACGAUCAACCUGUCUUUGGCUUCAGCGUCACCCUGUCGGAGCAAGAGCCUGCCGCCAUCUUCACGAUCGGGCACGUGCGCGAUCCUUACGUCAACUACGUCACGCCCAAGGGUCAAGUGUCAUUGUCGGGCGCCUGGACGACUCGUUGGCCCCACUACGUCGACGCCCUGUCGGCGUUCCAGCUCUCGGCCUCUCGCGCCCUCCUCGAGGCCGCCCGGUUCGACGCGACCCUGCGCGAGGACGCUCGGCGGGUCUCGGGCGACGCGUAUGCGGCCAUCGUCGAGCUGUCGACGCGGCAGGCGUUCGCGACGUUCGAGUUGACGACGGGCGUCGGCGACGACUGGAAGGAGGAUCGGGACGAGGUCAUGGCGCACCUCAAGGAGAUCAGCUCGAACGGCGACAUGACGACUAUCGACGUCGUCUUCCCCUUACACCCGAUCCUUCUGUACGCCAACCCGACCCUGCUCGCCCACCUCCUCGAGCCGCUCCUGCGCUACACGCAUUCGGGCCUGUACCCAAACCGCUGGCCCGUGCACGACCUCGGCACGUACCCGAACGCGACGGGCUACAACCGCGGCGACGACGAGCCGAUGCCGGUCGAGGAGGGCGGCAACAUGCUGUGGAUGUCGCUCGCCUACUUCCAGCUGUCGGGCGACGUCAAGUGGGUCGAGAAGCACUACGACGUCCUCAAGCAGUGGACGACGUUCCUCGCCGAGGACGGCCUGGUGCCCGCCGAGCAGCUCAGCACCGACGACUUUGCCGGCACGCUCGCGAACCAGACCAACCUCGCCAUGAAGGCCAUCGUCGGCAUUGGUGCCAUGGCCGAGCUCGCAAAAGGGAUCGGUCGGUGGACCGAUUGGGUGCACUACCGCGCCGUCGCCGAGGCCUUUGCGACCGAGUGGACCAAGAUGGCGAUGACCGAGUCGGGAGAAGGGCGCCACGCCAAGCUCUCGUACCAGGACGAGGACUCGUGGGGCAUUUUGUACAACUUGUUCGGCGACCGCGCGCUCAACCUCAAGCUCUUCGACCAAGAACUGUACGAGGAGCAGGCCGCCUUCUACCAGCACAAGCUCGAGCGAUAUGGUCUCCCGCUCGAUCAUCGUCAUCGUUGGGCAAAGACCGACUGGCAGAUGUUUGCCGCCGCGUCGUCAACGACCAGGAAAGGCCGUGACGGCUUCGUCGACAGCCUCGUCGAUUUCCUCGCGGCGGGCAAGGUCGAUGCGCCGUUCCCCGACCUGUACGAGACGCCGACGGCGACCUUUCCCGGGCGCGAAGGGCUCGACUGGCCCAUCUACUUCAUCGCGCGCCCCGUCGUCGGCGGCCACUUUGCGCUCCUGUCGCUCGAGGCGGCCGACGCUGUCAACGGCGUCGACCCCGAGGAGCGCUUUCGCGCGUGAUCGCGCCGCCGUCUUCUAGCCAGGUCGUCCUCCUGCCCUUGUAGCGCUCUUUCCCUGUGCAAGCUUAGCGUAUCCAAGC